AAGGUGAAAGAAAGGCAUAUGGCGUACGUUUCUAUUUUUGCUAAACCGAGAUAAAAUUAAAGUAAAAAACGGUGUGUUGUGCGUAGAUAUCUGUAGGAAAUCGAAGAUCGUUUACAGUGUAUCACACAAAUGUCCCGCGUUGAAGUUUUCCGGUGAUUUUCUGUUUGUUUACGUAUGUGCGUAUGUUGAGUUUUUGUUGACGAAAUAUAAAAAAACGGACUGUGAUAUUAAGCUUAGUUGUAACAUAGUAAGAAUCAGUUUCUCCGUUUCAUAUUCUCACUAGAUUCCGGUUUAUUUAUUAAUUAGUUAGGAGCGACUUAGAGCAUAAGUGAUAUUUUUCAAAAAAACAAAGACUGAGCGAUUUGGACGAAUUUUUACCAAAGACAGAAAAGACAGUUGUACAUAGUUUUACACGAUUCGAGGAUGUCGGUGACUGAGGAGGCCGCCGCCAGCACGAGCGACGCCGCCCCCGCGGACGGCCCCAGCGCCAAAGGGGAUGAACAAGGGGUGAGCCUGACGGGAACGCCGGAACUCUCCGAUCCCGCCAUCCUGGCCGUCAAUCCCAAGUUCCGCUACGGCAAGGAGGAGCUGCUGAAGCUGAGGGACGCGCCGCUGUCGCAGCGGAAGCCCGACUUCUUGGACGUCAACGAAGUUUCUCCGACUAUUUGGGACCCCACGCGCUGGAACUCCGAUCGCAAGAAAUCUGACACCCCCACGGAAAACGGAACCAGACUAGGCGACGAGCACAGGCGCCGCCCUGGCGACCCCCGCGAGCGCCUCCGCAAAGAGAACGACGGCAUCGUCCUCAGCCCCCAGCGCCGCAGCUUCAACUCGGGCUGCUGCGUGCCGGGGCGGGAGCCCCGCAGCGCCGCCAACCGCCCCCACAGCCCGCUGGGCGGCAAGAGCGACGCGCCGCCGCACCUGGGGGGCGGCCGCGAGAUCCAGACGAGCAACCGGCGCAUCGGCAGCGGCCGCAUCCUGAGGGACUCGUGGGACUUCGGCGAGAAGCAGGAGAGCAACGAUAACGACUACAACUUCAGGCCGCAGCCGCGGGGCGACAACCAGGAGAGGCGGACGUUCGGGCGGGACUUCGACGGGGGCAGGGACAAGGAGAAGGAGAGGCGGGGCGGCAGGUUCGGCGACAGGCGGAGGAUCGGCGAGUCGCGGGACGAGGAGCCCGAGUGGUUCUCGGGGGGGCCGUCCUCGCAGAACGACACGAUCGAGUUGCGCGGCUUCGACGAGUCGGAUCGGCUCGGCAAGAAGAAGAUGUCGCCGUCGCAGGCGAAACGGGCGAGGGAUUGGUUCAAGAAGAAGAGCGAGGUGGCGAGCGUGACCGAGGAGAAGGAGGAGAUUGUUAUCGAGGGCGGGCCGGACGGGAGGUCCACCCCGCAGGUGACGGACGGGGACAAGGAGGGCGGUAAUGAGGGCGGGGCGAAUGUGGCGAGCACGAAUCAUGCGGGCGGGGAGGGUCAGCAGGGUGGAGAAGGCGACGGGAAGAAUUGCCAAGAGAAGAAUUUGAGCGACCAGUCGUACAUUUUUGAGGAUAUUUUGAAGAGCGACACGAUUCCAGGGCUACCGGGGUUGCUUACUAACGGCGUGGGCGGCGACGGCGACACCAACGGCAAAUCCCGCUUCAGCAAAUGGUUCACCACCGAAAGCAUCACCACCGAGAGCCGCCGUUCCUCGAUCCAAGACGAGUCCAUCAUCAAGAACCUCCUCAAAGACCUAAACGAGCCGAGCGUCUCCAUCCCUGGCGACUCCAGCUCCUACUUCGCCCCCAUCUCCCCGGCCGCCAACACCGGCGCCGCCAUCGGCGGCGGCGUCCCCGCCGCCAACACCAAGUCCAUCAACAUCAUGGAGAUGCUGCAGCGAGGCAAGCAGAACGAAGCCGCCCUGAAGCCGCAGGUCGCCGGGCGCAUCCUGAAUCUAAACGAGAUCGAAGCCAAGAUGCGCCAGAGCAGCAGCGACCCGCCGCAGAUGCACAAGCACUCCCAGAAGACCGAGGAGGACAUGAGCGCGUUCAACCGCCUCCUCGCCAACAUGUCGAGCACGCACAGCGCCGCCAACGGCCCGAUGAAGGCGCAGCCGAUGAGCCUGAUGGAGAUGCUGUCGCACUCGCAGCAGCUGGACGAGGCGCACGCGCGCAUGAACCAGCUGCUGGGGCCGGCGAGUCCGGGGGCGUCGCCGCACGACCUCGCGGCGAGACUCCAGCAGGUGCAGAGCCAGCAGCAGCAGAAGCAGCAGGUGGAGAUGCUGACGAAGCUGAUGAACGCGGGCAUGCAGGUGCGGGCGUCGCCGCUCCCGGAGAUGGGGCUGCAGCAGAGCAGGGAGCUGCUGAGCCGGCCGGAGGCGCAGGCGAUACUGCAAGGUCUGAAAAUUGGCGAUAUCACGCCGCAACACUUGUACCAGCAAUUGGCCAAUCCGGCCCUGCAGCCCCGCCACCGCGAGAUGCUGGUCACCAUAUUGAAAUUGCAAGGUGGUGGGGGCGUGGGUCCGAGCCCUCGGGUGCUGAGCCCCGUCGCACCCCACCCCAUGUUCCAGCAGCAGCAGCAACAACAGCAAUUGCGCGUCUCGCCCCUGCCGCCGAACGCGCUGCAUCAGCGUAUUCCGUCGCCGAGGGAGCUGCAAGUGCACACGCAGAAUAUACUGCAGAGGGCGCUGAUUAAGAAGAAGCUGGAGGAGCAACAGGAGAACUAUAGGAAGAAGCAGGAGAUGCAGCAGAGGGGGCAGAGCCCGAAUAACAACAAUAAUAACACGAGCAGCAACAACAAUAACAACAGCACGACCCAGGCGAAGAGCGUCUCGUCCCCGACGCCACUGGCAUUCACGCCGACCUCAGUAUUACGAAAAAUGACGGCAGAGAAAGAUGAAGGCGCAAAAGACGUGAGCAAGCUCGUCGACGGCGGCAAGCUCACCCAAGGCCGCGCCGUCACCGGCAUGCGCCCCCAAACGCAACAACAGCAGCAGCCGCCGACGCAGCAGCAGCAACAGUGGCCGCCGUACCAGAUGAACAUGAAGCAAGCCGGGAGGCCGAUCGUCAAGGCCAACAGCUUCCAGCCGCAGCAGCAACAGCAGCCGGAGCAGUUCUUCAGCCAGGCGCAGCAGCAGAAGUACUUGAGCCAGUUGCAGCAGCAACAGCAGAGAAAGCCGCCGUAUCACGGUCACGGUUCGAUGCCAGGUCAUCUUCCUCAGUAUCCCAAUCCUAAUAGUCAGCAGUUCUCUCAGCUAACGCAACAGCAGCUGAGGGCGCAGCACCAGCAGCACGCCAGGCCGACCAGCGUACAGCAGCCGGGGGGGCAGCAGCAGGCGUACGGCAACCAAGGGAACGCGUCCUGGCAACAGUACCUUAAUCCGCAGCAGAACAGGGGGCAGGUGGGCCGAGGGGGCGUCAACGACGGCGACCUGUCGCCGACCAGCAACCAGUUGACGCGUUGGUUUUCGCCCGACCUUCUGGAAAGGGCCCGAGUGGGUGAGCUUCCGAGCACGGCCGGCCUCUCUCAGCACCUCCUCAGCCUGGAAGAAAUCGAAAGACUCACGGCCCCACCAGUCCAUAAUUAAGUUUUCUUACUCAGUACCUGGCCUGUUCAACUCGUUCUAUAUUUUUGUGGCAACCAACGGUUAUUACUAUAAUUUUAAAAGUAUCAAUGUCAACGAAAGGACUAUUCCACUAGUGGUGAUGACAAAAAUCAUAAAAAAAUAUUGUUCGUAGCUGAUGACGUGUCAAAUGAUUGUUUUUUGGUUCUCGGAAUACUCACGACCGCCGGCUCGCGACAAACCCGAUCCUUUGAAAAUGUAAUUUUUGUAAAUAGCCAUGAAAAAUGAUUCAAUUGUGAUAGUCGUAGUAAGUUGGGUCGGGUUUGUGGCACCCGGGCCGGUCGCAAAGAGGUCGAUAAAGCUCCAUAGAUGUGUCUCUGUGUGAAAUAGCACGUUUUCGUUUCCUCGUGUCGAGUUUGGUUUCUGUGUUUAGGUGGGAUUUUGGAAAAGCGAUUCAUUUCUUAUAAUAGUUCGGUAAAGAGUUUCAGUUGCUGUUUGAUGUUUUCUUAGGAUUUUUCGUUUGGUUUUGGUGUUGAUUCGAUUCAAGUCGGAGCUUUAGACGCCGUUCGCUGUUUAAACAAGAAUAUAUUAUAUAAUAUACACAUAUAAACGUACAAUGUAAGAACAUACUGUACUACUGUUAAUUAAGUAUAUAUAAGGAACUGAUGAUGAUGAUGUUUUUAAUUUGUGUUCUUUUAUCGAAAUUCGGAGGCGCACUUGCGCGUUUUAACUUCCGUUUUGUCUUGACAACCGUCUUAAAUUCAAUGCGACGCUGGUAACAGUGCAUUUCUGUCAAGAACGAAAAUUUGUUGCAACAGAAAAUUAAACAUUCCGUUCGCGUGUUAUUUAUUCUAUUCAUGAUCAUUUCAGCUUUGUGUGUACAUUCUUUCUUUCGAAAAAAAGAUGUGACUAAAUUCUGUCAGACUCAUUUUCGUCCGUUCAAUUAUUUGUCUCUCUCAAGCUUGCAUGAGUUUUAUUUUUAAAAAUCAAUCAAAUGUCAUGUAACUAUCGACAUAUUUUGUUUUCAAGUCAAUAAAAAAAGCAAACAUU